GUAAAACUGCUAUUAUCCACAUUAUGUUGACAUUCAAUAUCCCACUUUUCCAAAAUUUUCUAUAUUCUUUAUAAAAUUUUAAUAUUCAUCAUGAAAUUUAUUCAAUUUUAUUAUGAGGAAAGAAAAAGAACUUUCCAAAUCCUUUCUCUCUCAGUUUACUUUUUUUUUUGGUUUGCAUUUUAUCUCUAAUUUUUCUAGUUUCUCUAUUUCCUGUUCAGCUCUGUGUAAACUUUUAAAUCAAAAGUCUAAUAUCUCAUUUUUUAAUAGUAAUUUUUAAAUUUAUAAACUAUCUUUAAGUUUUUACUUAUGUAAGU